AAAUGCAAACUUAAAUUCAUAGUCAAGAUGCUAAAAUAUCUCAAAACCUAAUAUAUUAUUAUUAUAAUUAUUUAAUAUAAAUGUUAAUUAAAAUUAGGCCGAAAUAUAAAAAUACUACAAGCUAAACAUUUCAAAAUUCAAUCAAUGUUAGUAAAUCACAAAUAUGUCCUUAACCUGAUGAUAUUAUUUAAGAUUUUAAUGAAUUAGGCUUAAAUGUAUAUCAUCCAUCAAAUAAUAUUAAAAAUUAAUAAAAUUAAAUAGAUGAAUAAAUGAUAAUAGUGGAGGUAAAUUUAAUUAUACAUACUUAAGAAUUCUCAAAAGAAAUAAAUUAUUGUGAAUCUAAAUAAAAAGACCAUUAAAAAAGUUAAAAGAUACAUUGAAACCCCUUAAAUUGUAUUAGAAAGAAUAAAAAAUACAUAAAUUGAUGUAUGAAUUUAUCAUAAAAAGUUGAACCCAACUUGCAGAAUCUGUCUCGAAUAAGAUUCAUUAGAUAAACUAAUAUCUCCAUGUAAUUGUGAUGGUACUAUUAAAUAUAUUCAUAUGGAUUGUUUGAAGACAUGGCUUCUGAGUAAAUUCUCAAUAGACAAUUUGAUUGAUAGUAAAGUUAUAAGAAAUUGAGUUUUAGGCUUAAUGUGAAUUAUGUAAUAGCUUUCUAUAGUGUUAAUUAACCUUCUCUAAUAAAUAUGUGUGUUCAAGAUUGAGAUAAAUGAGUAUUAGUUAAAAACUAUUCUUUUUCAUUUUUCCGAUGCUCACUCUAAUACUAUUUGCUUUGGGAAUAUAUUUUAUAACAUAGAUUAUAAAGAAAAGUAAAGAUUAAUAUGCAUACAUAUUUGGAGUAUUUGUUUGUAUUCCUGCAUUUUGUAUGUUGACUUAUUUAUUUAUAACGAUGUUGAUUGAUGCAAUAAGAGUUAAAUUUGUAAAGACUUGGACCAUUUUGAGUUAGGAUACUAGAAAUGAUACUGAUGUUAGCCUUAAACCAUUAAAAGGAAGAGCCAGAUCUUAGUCAUUACCUUAAAUUUAUCCUGAAAAAACAGUUUAAGAAUAACAUUUCGGCAAAACUAUUUUCAAAUAUAUAACAAGAUAAUAAAUGAUAUGA